AUGAGCGUCAGGACAACAGCCAGACAACUCCAGGGAAUUGUUAAAUGCAUUGAGCAAUUGUAUCCCGUGAGUUAUGCAGACCACUCCUGGGAUAAUACCGGCCUUUUAGUGGAUUCAUCUUUUGACACAAAGAACGAUCAGGAAAUCGAAAAUUCGCCGUUUCGCAUUCUGCUCACGGUCGAUUUAACACAAUCCGUUGCGGAAGAGGCGAUGAAUGCCGGUUCGAACCUGAUUUUAGCAUAUCAUCCGUUCAUAUUCAGGGGUCUAAAGAGUAUACGUCCAUCUGAUCCUCAGCAAAAGUCAUUAAUUAAACUGAUACAGAGUGGAAUAUCUGUAUACUGCCCACACACAGCGAUCGACGCGGCUAAGGGUGGUGUCAAUGAUUGGCUUGUGGAUGGAAUAAGUGACAGUGGCAGAAAUUUGGCAUCGAAAAAGGUGAUUGAAGCAAAUCCAGACGGUGUUCCAGAAGUGGGAAUGGGUCGUCUAAUCGUGUUGAAGAAUCAAAUUUCCCUUGCAGAGGCAGUGAGAAAGGUGAAGUGCAGCCUUGGGCUUAAGUACAUACAGAUUGCAACGAAUUCGAGGGGUGAAACAGAGGUUCCAUCGAUUAAAACUAUUGCAAUAUGUGCAGGAUCGGGUGCUGGAGUUUUCAAAGGUGUUGAUGCCGAUUUAUACUACACGGGAGAGAUGUCGCACCACGAGGCAUUGUACUACAAGGAGCGGGGAUCUCAUGUUAUUGCCUGCAACCAUUCAAACACAGAGAGAGGAUUUCUAAAAAUGCUAAAGACUCAACUUGCAAAACAGUUCAGCUUGAACGAAAUUGAUCACGUGACCAUUGACAUCAGUAAAACCGACCGGGAUCCGUAUGAGGUGGUUUAA